CGCGCACUCGCCUCGCCGUGGCCUCGCCGGCGUCGAGGCUGCCGCUCCAUCGCGCCGGCCCCAUCACGUCCCCCUCUCGCUGUCCGCAGAACUCCACGUCGCCGCGUCCAGCAGGCGUGCCGCCACCCCGUCGCGGCCCGGCUCCUCGCGCGCGCCUGUGCCGCAACACACCUCUCCUCGCGCCUGUGCCGCAGCACACCUCUCCUCGCGCUCCGUCGCCGCGACGCGUCGCUCAGAGCUCCCUGCACGCCAUGUCGCGCUACAACGACCGCGGCGAGCGCGAGUAUGCGCCGCCUCAGCGGCCCCAUGGCGCCGUCGCCGGCCCAUCGGUACGCUCUUCAGCGCACUCGCCUGGCGCUGAUGCGCAAGACACCUCUGCCCGCGCCGGGCCGAGCGCUGCACGCCCCUCGCACGCCGCCGCCUCGGCCGCAGCGGCACCGGCGCAUCCCUGGGCGCAGCGCAGCCACCGGCCUGGCGCGGACAGGACUCGCUCGCUGCCGAGCCAUGCGCCAUACUCGCAUGCUCCGCCGGCGCACUAUGCAGCGCAGCAGCACCGCGAUGCGCCACAGCGGCCCCGCCCGCCGGCGGCGCACAGCUCCAUCAUGCCGCCGCCGGGCCCGCCGCGCCGCUUCGCCGAUGGACCGUUCGCUGGGAGCCCUAUGCCAGAGGCAUAUACACGCGCCAUGUCGCGUCUGCUCUCUGCACCGCCGGGCUCGGACGACCGCUCAGGCUCCUCAGAGCCGCGCGUCGUAGCUGCCGCACCGCCCACGCGCUGGGCUGCUGGGCCCUCGCGGCCAAGCUCUGUCCGCCCGGUCAGCGGCGCCGCGCCUGCAUCCGGCAGCAGCAGAACAGCGGGGCCGCACAUCAGCAAGAGCGACCUCGACUUUCUGCUCAGCAGCGCUGCCAGUCGGGGGCCCAGCGCGGCGCCCUCGGUGCUGCGUGGAGCCAGCGUCCUCGUCAGUCCUGCCGGCGCGACUGGCAGACGACCGGCCGCGAUGCAGGCGCCUUCGAGUCCUGGUCGGUCUGCUUCCAUCCGGCAGCCAUACGAGCACUCGCGCGCCGGCGAAGCAUCCAGCGCUCCGCUGUGUGUAGCGAGCGAGCAGCACAUACAGCCGCCGGGGCCGCCUGGAGCAGAAGCGCCAGCGCUAGGCUCCGAGGCGCACUCUCAACCGCCGGACCGAGAGCAGAGCGGCUCGCAGGCCCGCAUUGUCCAGCUCGACGAGCCUGCUCUGGCAGUCGCUGACCGACAAGACAUCGCCGAUGAACCAGGCGGUGCAGAGCAAGCGAUGCUACAUGACGGCCCGGCGCUACAUGUCGCGAACCAGCCGAUCGAUCCUGGCGAAGACGAUGCGCCGCAGGAUGUGCACAUGACGCAGGCAGACGCAGCACCAAUCGCUGGCGCGUCGGCAAUUCUAUCCGACCUGCUGCCAGCCGAGCAGGCGGCGCAGUCCGAGCCUGCUGCACUGCAGCUGCCAGAUGCGUCGCCGCCGCAGGCGCUGGUGGCUCCUUCCGAGACAGCAGAGCUAGUCGCCCGAGGCGUGCUUCCGCUGCGAGAGCGUUCGGCCCCGCUGUCAUCCGUGGCGGACGUGACCUCGGCGUCGGAGCCGCAAAAUGCACCAGAAGGUCAAGCUCUGGCGGCGGCGCUUCCUCUCGCCGACGUGCCCUCCGCUCCGCAGCCGCCGGCUUCACCGCCGGCUGCUCUCGUCGAGCCAACCCUACGCUCUGAGCCGACGUCUACGCCUGCGAUUACAGCGCCAGCGGCGCCGCCAUCCGAGGCGGAGCCAUCUGUAGCUCCACUACAGCACGCAGAUUCGAGCGCUCGCGUCGCGACUCGACCUGAAGCUCCACCCAAGCCUGCAGUCGAGCUGCGCUCGUGGUUCCUCACGGCCGCCCCCGGAAAGCCGUCUUCCUCGCUCGGCAUCUCUGAGCUUGGUCUGCGGCACUGGCUGUACGUCGAGGGCACCGUGAGGAAGCCAGACGGCGGCGAGGAGCAAUGGCACUCCUCUCUGGUCGUGCGACGACAAGAUCCCACCACCGUGCUGACGGCAAGCGGCAGCCGCUACCUUCUACUCGGCCCGAUGGCCAAGCGCAUCUCGAUGCACAACGGCUGGAGCGCCGAGCUGUGCGAGCACUUCGCCGACGGCUUCCCGGACGACUGGGUCCAUCUGGCGGCGCACGACAUUGCUCAACAGGAGGCACGUGCGCGCCAGGCCAAGCUCGCAGCGUCUCGGAGGAGUGUCGCCAGCGCCGGGCUGCCCGCAGACGCCGAGGCAGGCGAAGAGGCGGCAGCUGGUCCUUCGGAGCCGAAGAAGAGAAGCCGUGCUUCUAAGGGCUCGUCGGCUACUAAGAAGACGCUCGCUGAGGAGAUGGCGGACAGCAAAGUCGGCACUGCCGAUGUCGCCGCUGCUGCAGCUCUUGAUCGCACCUCGAAGGCGGGACGAAGCUCGGCAGCGGCCAGUCGCAAGAAGCCUCAAGCUCAUGCGAUCGCAACGGCAGUGCGGCAGGAAGCCGGUCCGUCAUCGAAGCUGCCGUCAGCACCGAGUGACGCGAAGCCCAGCAGCACUCGUCCUGCGACUGCACGCACGCGGUCAGAGCCGGAAGGUCGAGUCGAAGGUCUCCCAUCGCCUUCGCAGCGACCGAUCAAAGCGGGUGCGCGCAAGCGCCCUCGCGACUCGGUGCUACCGCCAUCCAGCCCGGAGAGUCCUGAGAAGCCGCAGCUGGGCGACGCAGGCCGCGAUAGGCCCCCUUCGGUCAAGAAGGCCAGGCCAGACGAAGACCGGUCGCGAGACUCGGACAGCCGCCAUGCUAUGAGCCGAGCGAAGCCGCAAGCUCAGAGCAAGGCGCAGAUCGAGGAGCCAGAGCAGUCAAGCGACGAGGAGCAACACGACCAGUCGAGUCCGCGCGAGUCGGAGGACGACUCGGACAAGCACGAGGCGUACGUGCCCACGCCGCGCAAGCCCAAGCGUGUGCCGGCUGCGCGCCGACGAAGCGACAACGCGGGCUCCAGCACGUCUGGCUCGGCAAGCAAGAUCCAGCGUCAUGCCAGCGAUCCGACGGGCUCGAAGAAGCCGCGCACUUUGACGGGCAAGAGCAAGGCUCGCCAAUCGGAAGCCAGCACUUCCGCCCCACGCCCGCAUGUUGCGCACUUUGCACCGCCUCCUCUGCCGCAGCAGCACGACCUUGAUGCCGACAUGCCACCAAUCGACGACUUUGGCGACGAUUCGGAUGAUCUCGGUGGGCUGGGCGCCGACGAUUCGAUCAUCGUGCCCGGCAACGUCAGCGGGCCUGUGGGCUGGAUCGCGGACACAGAUGUGCCAGAGCGCAGCCUUGCGCCUGCAGAGGCGCAAGAGGACGAAGUAGCUCAAGCACGAGGCAAGUCUGCUUCGCACGGAGACGCUUCACUCCCUGCGACAGCGCCUGUCGCGGCGCCAUCGGAGCAGCUGCAGUCCGAAGAACAGGUUGAGCCGGCAGCAUCCCAUUCUGCGGGUCGGACUGGCGUGAGCAGUUCUCAAGCUGCAGCCGCAGAGGCGAGCAGUCAAGUCGACGCGCACGAGCCGGUAGCGGCACUGGAGCCGCAGGCGCUGCUCCCGCCACACGACGAGCAGGUCCCUGCUACGGCGCACGAUUCCCCCGCCGACAUCGCGACGAGCAACAAGGCCGUGUCGGAUGACGAGGUGGACGGUGCCAUCGGUCCGCCGCGCUCGCCGGAGGUACAAGUCCCCUCCAAGCCAGCUGUCGAGAAGGUGCCAGCUGCUUCAAUUGCCUCUGCUCGUGAGACGACCGCCUCCGCGACUGAGCCGGCACGAGCCACCUCGCCGGCCGCAGGCUCGGACGCACCGACAAGGUCUCCGGCCGCUGCAUCUCGACCUCGGCCUCGCAAGAAGGUGACCGUCUCCCGACGUGCCAGCGCCGGCACGACGCCCAAGGGCAUCUCACGCGAGGUCGCGAACCUCGGACGAACGGCGUUCGGCGUCAUCGGCGUCGUGCGGCGGGCCAUGCAAGAUGAGCCCGCUUCGUCUGACCCGAAGCGCGCGAAUGAGGACGAGGAGGAGGAGGACGCCUCCGAGCCAGAGGCCAGCAAGGCGGCUGCGCAACGCAGCGGGCGGCCUGUGCGGGCUCGUGCUUCCAACGGCGUGGGUCGCUGGUGGGAAGUGUCGGGCUCGCCGAUGCCUGCACGAGCGACCGCCCGCAGCAGUCUGGCGCCGGUCAAGGCACAGGCGAGCGUCUCGAGCACCCUGGCCUCGCCGAGCACAGCUGCUGCCAGGAAGACGAGCGAAAUCAAGGCCCGUGUCGUCUCGGCUCCGCAGUCACGACCGAAAGCUCGCAGCAGCGUGCCUCGCCCAUCCGCGUCGGACGCCUCCGACUCCGACUUGAGCUCGCCAGAUGACGGCCGUGCUGGCGCGUCUGCUCGCUCGACGAACGGUCGAUCUGUGCAGUCGCGGCCGAGCUCAAGCACUUCCACCACCUCGUCUGCCAAGCGACGACGAAGCCAGAGCGGCGACAGAAAGGCGCCGACGACUGCCACGCCACGCAAGGCCGACGGCGGCAAGAGCCCGGCGCGCCCGAAAGCGCCAGCGGCAGCCUCGAUGACGCGCAGCGCCGGCGGCAUCACGUUCGCCAUUGCAGACCCGUCCGAGAUGGCUGCCGAUGCGUACGACUUCUCCGACUGAGCUCUCCCUCGUGUUCACACCCCGUCACCGCUGCGCCAUCACAUGUACACUAGGGGUCAAGUCAUUGUUUCAGUGCCAGAGAGCCACAUG